AGCAAAGUUUUUAAAAUUUAAAAUAAUUCUCGAAUGCCUCAUUAAUAUUAUCUUCUCGAGGAAGCGGAAACGAUUCACUGUACCUUUGAACACCCUAACCAGCUUUACUCUCUUCUCACUUCUCUCUUCUCUCUAAGGGCGAUGAUAUCUUGCAUGUGAGAUCUCGAUCUCUCGAUAUCCAAAUCCCCACAAAUACUCGCUUCUGAUCUGAGAAUCUACUACUUUCUAGCUUCAUCAAAGUUGUUGUGUAGUCGAAUCAUAUUCUCUCCAUCUCCGACGCUCGAUCGCUCUCUCUCGAACAGACCCGUAACCUAGUUCUAGUAUUAACGACCUGUCUCUCUCGUCAUCACUCCAUCUCCGACGUUUUCUCAGCUUUUACUUCUUCAACUUCAAGAUGAAUCUUAACGGCGGUGGUUCUGGCUCUAGUGGUUCUGGAUCUGGUGGUUCUGUCUCUGGUGGUUCUGGAUCUGGUGGUUCUGGCUCUGGUGGUUCUGGAUCUGGUGGUUCUGGCUCUGGUGGACGUGCUAAUGGUCGUGGUAAUGGUGGACGUGGUAGCGGCCGUGGUGGUGGCCGUGGAGAUGGCCGUGGAGAUGGUCGUGGAAUUGGUGGUGGUGGCCGUGGAAGAGGAAGAAUUCCGGCUGCAUUUAUGGGACGUGGACGUGGCCGUGGAAGGGGUAACCAUGGUCAAAUGUCCAUUGACGCCUUGCAAGCUCAGGAAGCAAGGAGAUUGAUGCCUGUUCUUCAUUCAUAGAGACCUGUUGGAACGUUGUGGUACGUGUGAAUGUCUCUCUUGUCUGCUUUGUUACGUGAUUAGGAUUAAUUGAAAAUAUGAUUUGGUUCACUAAUCAUAAUCUCUGAACUUGUGAAAUUGUUUGAAUGAUUUGGAUCAUGUUAAUAAUUGUGUUUGACUCAAGUAAAUUUGUUAAUUGGUUUACAUUAGCUUGAGAAAAACUGAAAACGUGAGUAAAACAAAACUUGAUUGUUUUUUAAACCUAAACGAAAUUAUCUACAUUUAACUGAAUUAUUUCUCAUUUGUAUAUUAUUCCAACGUCUAUUUGUGAAACAAAGCCUAAUUAAUUGUGUGUCUACUUUGUUAAUUCUCUGGAAUUGAGAACUUGUCAAAUUGUAUAACUGAAUUUAGUAUCAAUUCUUAAAUUCAUCACUGGUUUUAUAUAGAUGAGAUGUGGAAAAUUAAUAGUGUUACUUGUGUAUAACUGAACUUGUGAAAAAUUGUAUGAUUGAUAUCGAUCAAUAUCAUUUGUCUCUCUAGUUUUUAUAGAACAAAUUAGUUGUCUGCUUUGUUAUGUACUUGAUUAGGAUUAACAGAAAAUAUGAUUUGGUUCACAUUGAUCAUAAUCUAUGAACUUGUGUUGUUUGACUGAUUUGGAUCGUGAUAAUAAUUAUGCUUUUGGUUUUUAAGUUGAUGACAUAAUCAAAUUGAUUCUUUGUUAUUUAUUAAUUGUGUCUCUGGUUUUUAUAGAAUAGAAAUAAAAAUGACUUGUCUGCUUUGUUAUUUACU